AUGCUGGCACAACGGGCGACUCAGCAGGCGAUGCGCAGGCUCGUAACGAGGCCUUCGAUGGCUUCGCACAUUGCUUUCAAGAAGGUCGCUGCGCCGAUGGCUGUUGCCUCGAAGAUCCAAACGAGACCCGUAGCAACCCACAAAGUCUCCGUCGCUGACAGCUCCGAAAUUCUCGUCGCGCAACGCAAACUUCGUCCGACCUCCCCCAACCUCGGAAUCUACAAGCCGCAAAUAACCUGGAUCUUGUCCUCUCUCAACCGUGUCACCGGUCUCACCGUCGCGGUCCCUUUCUAUCUCUUCGGCCUGGCUUACCUUGCCUCCCCCGCGCUCGGCUGGCACCUCGACUCCGCCACCCUCGCCGCGACAUUCGGAGCUCUGCCAGUAGCGGCAAAGUUCGGUAUCAAGUUUUUGGCUGCGUUGCCGUUCACGUUCCAUAGCUGGAACGGGGUCAGGCAUUUGGUGUGGGAUACGGGACGAGCUUUUAAAAAUCAGACGGUCAUUAAGAGUGGGUGGGCCGUUGUUGGGUUGACGGCCGUUAGCACCUUGUAUUUGGCUUUCGCGUAUUAG